AUGAUUCUCGAAGCAGCACUGGAGAACAAAGUUCGCAAGCUGUCUAGUCCGACGUUAUCUAAAAGCGACAAACUGGUGCACAACCAGUCGGUAAAGGAGCUGGUAGAGGAACAGAUGCGGGUGCUAAGACGUAAGGUCCCAUUUGACACAGCUGAUGUUGAGCCUGCCAACGUGACUACAACAGCAGAGACAAUACUAAGCCAGACGGAACCGGCAGACAAGAAGAAGGACCUCAUAGGACACCAAGUGUCGUCCAUCCUCAUGGAUCAUAGACCUCGCGAAGUGCUUCUCAAGUCUAACGUACGGGGCUAA